UCAGCAUCCUAGUUGGCCACUGUCUGCUGCCACACGAUGCUGGGAGGCCUGGGGAAGCUGGCUGCUGAGGGCAUGGCCCACCGCACCGAGAAGGCCACCGAGGGAGCCAUUCAUGCCGUGGAGGAAGUGGUGAAGGAGGUCGUGGGACAUGCCAAGGAGACUGGACAGAAAGCCAUUGCCGAAGCCCGUAAAGAAAGCCGAAGGAGGUCAGCGGACAAAAAGAUGAAGGAAGCCACUGAGACAGUGACCAACACAGUCCACAAAUGCCAAUCGCCCCAUGCAGCAGAGAGUCUGGGCAAACUUGGACAGUGAAGUGCACCUGCUACCCACGUCGCCC